GAGUCAUAGGAGUGAGCCACGCCGGGGCUGUGGGAAUAAGAUGGCGGGGAAGAAGAAUGUUCUGUCGUCUCUGGCAGUUUAUGCGGAAGAUUCAGAGCCCGAGUCUGACGGCGAGACUGGAGUUGAGACGGCGGGCAGCGCGGCUGAGGAGAAAGGCGGGUUGGUAUCUGAAGCCUAUGGAGAGGAUGAUUUUUCUCGCCUCGGGGGUGAUGAAGAUGGUUAUGAAGAAGAGGAGGAUGAGAACAGCAAACAGUCGGAAGAUGACGAUUCAGAGACUGAAAAACCUGAGGCUGAUGACCCAAAGGAUAACCCAGAAGUAGAAAAGCGAGAUCCCCAGGAAUUAGUUGCCUCCUUUUCUGAAAGAGUCCGGAACAUGUCACCUGAUGAAAUCAAGAUCCCGCCAGAGCCCCCCGGCAGGUGCUCAAAUCACUUACAGGACAAGAUCCAGAAGCUUUAUGAGCGGAAGAUAAAGGAGGGAAUGGAUAUGAACUAUAUUAUCCAACGGAAGAAGGAAUUUCGGAAUCCCAGCAUCUAUGAGAAGCUCAUCCAGUUCUGUGCCAUCGAUGAGCUUGGCACCAACUACCCAAAGGAUAUGUUUGACCCCCAUGGCUGGUCUGAAGACUCCUACUAUGAGGCAUUAGCCAAAGCUCAGAAGAUUGAAAUGGACAAAUUGGAAAAGGCCAAAAAGGAGCGAACCAAAAUUGAAUUUGUGACGGGCACCAAGAAAGGCACCACGACCAACGCCACGGCCACCACCACCACCACGGCCAGCACAGCUGUUGCAGAUGCCCAGAAAAGAAAGAGCAAGUGGGACUCGGCCAUCCCGGUGACGACGAUAGCCCAGCCCACCAUCCUUACCACCACCGCCACCCUGCCCGCUGUCGUCACGGUCACCACCAGCGCCAGUGGCUCCAAGACCACCGUCAUCUCUGCCGUGGGCACCAUCGUGAAGAAGGCCAAGCAGUGACCUGAGGGACCGGCUUGGGGUGGCUUGGACAUUCUCCUCUCCGUCUCAGGAGGAGCCACUUGGACUUGACAAGACUGCAGGCCGGAGACUGGGCCCUGCUCCCCCGACGCCACCCGGAGAGGAGCCUCCGUGUGGCCUUCCAGCUGGAAGAGACGUUGCUGCAGCAGAGCUGGGCGCUGUGGACAGUGUCCGCCACCCUGUGGGGUCUGCUGCCCUAUUAAAAGUGCUGAACCCUUACA